GACACGCUGCGGGCAAUUCCCGGCUUGUCCUUCAUAAGCGACCCGCAUGGGACCGUGAUGCCAGAAGCAGUCCUCCUGGAGAAGUCGUUGGGAGACAACACGGAUUAACUCGGAGAAAAGUUUCAGCAGUACGCAAAGUGUCUACAAUGACUCGGACCACCUUUCUCGCUCUUGCGAUUUUCGCACUUGUUGGAUACGCGGUGUGUGCUUCUACACGGGAGACAGACUGCCAGCGACGUCGCCGCAACGAGCAGGGCGCCACGCGGAACCUGACCGGGCUCCUCGUCCCGGAAUGCGACGAACAUGGCAACUACAAAGCAAUCCAGUGCUUCGGUGAAGCUGUCAGGGGAAGGCCCUUCUGCGCAUGCUACGACAACGAGUUCGGACAGAUCAAGGGCCCUUCCAGGAGCCUGAAGUCAUGCAACUGCAUUAGGGACCACCACGAGUGGCAGAACAGAGCCCGUUCUCAGCAGGGACCCGAGCCACGAUGCGAUACCACCUCGGGAGAGUACAACGCAGUGCAGUGUGACGUCGGCGAGCACUGGUGUGUCGAUAGGGACACCGGCAGUCAGGAGGGUGAGAGGCAACCCGGAGGCUGCUCUAGCGACCUGUCCGCCAUCUCUUGCGGAGUCGGCGGAACGCACCACGGUCACGGUGACUCUCACGGCAGCUCUUCCCACCAUGGCAGCUCGGACCAUCACGGCAGCUCUGGGUCUUCUAGUCAUGGUACCUCCAGCCACCGCGGUGGAUCUGGUUCAUCUCACCAGGGAAGCUCGGACCACCACAGCGGCGACUCGUCUCAUUCGGAUCAUAACUGAAGCAAUUAAACGAGUAGCGGCACAACUUCUGGUAACAAAAGAAAGAAAAGCCUCAUUGCUGCCACACAGUAUUCUGUUCACUAAGAAUGGCUGUUACUCGUAAUAAACCAAAGAAGCCAGUAGUUCCUGUAAUCAUCGCCGGUCAACUACUGAGCAUUUAUUGUCAAUUCGUAAAAAAUUCAGUAUAAUUAUACCUGGGUGAUAUGAAUGUGAUGCGUUUCUCCAUAUAUAUUAGGUUUGUAGGUAAUUUAGAGAGAUGAGCUGCAACUAUAAAUGUUUUACAAAAGGACUGCUUUGGUCGACAGGAACAGACAUGUCACCAUGAAACUUUGACUACUACUCACAGGAGGUAAAGAGCCAAGCCCUUGGCGUAACUAAAGAUUUCUCGCUUGUGAAGUUCGCAAAAACAACGAAAUUCAAACAACAAAAACUACCAUACUACCUACUUAUUCAACAACAGCUACCUAAAUUCUUCACAUAGUUUAAUACAUAUUGCAAUAUCACAAAGAACAUAAGAUGUAUUGAACAGUAAAUAUUCGGCAUACUGAAAGCAGAUGAAAUUUUUGUGAAACAAUAAUAGUUUCAUGGAAGAAAUUUCCAGUUUCUUUGAUAGAAAAACUCGUUUUAUAAAUAUAAAGGAAGCAGGCAUCACAUCGUUGCAUAAUUCAUCUCUCGACCUGUGCGGAUGUGUCUAGAUCUAGAACUAGCUUUGGUCUCUUGAUUUCCUAUGUGUAGACAAUAUUUAGGCACACAACAUAUGCAACACUUGCUCGUGCUAACAAAUUGCUUCUUGACACUUUACGAGCAAUGUUGGCUAGCGGCUACGAACAAGGCUUUUUAUUUUCUUCCUGAGUUUCGAUAUUUAUGGCCAGGUAUAAUGCUAAACGUAUUCGGCAAGCAGUCAAUGACAAAAAGCAAGCGUUAUGUUUUAGUUUAUAACAGAAACACAGGACCAGGAAGACGAAGUGCGGUACGUGGCUGGGUUUCUUAUGAAAGCAGAGGAGGCAGACAGAUGCAAGGUCAGCGGCUGCAGCAGUGCACAAACGGGAUGCAGAAGAAAUGAAAUUUGCUAUCGCGCUCAGUAUGAGGCACAACACGGGAGCGCUUUGUGAUCUGUCCUCCGCUUCUGGGAAAUUCAGUUACCUCGCCGGUCCUCCAUGCGGGGAUCAUUGGCCCCUGCUCUUUCUUGGGUGUCAGGUGGCUGUCCCAUAGGGGCGCCACCGCUGGCAUUCGGCAAACCUGUUUUACUGUAGAAUAAAGCCGCUCUCAACCUCUCAAAA